UACAAUUUGAAAAUAAUCCAUCUUCAUUUCCCUGUAUCUAUGAAUUGAAUUUAACGGGACAAACAAGUAUUGAUUAAAUGGCGCAAUUAUUCAGAAUGCGCAUAUUUUGCGAGGGCCACCACCACACUUGAAAUAUAACGCUUUAAAGUGCCAUUAAUUUUGAAAGAAAAUCAACCGGAAGUGCAUCUUUUCUCUGUGUUAAGUUUGACAAAAGCUAAUUUGUAUUUUAUGACUAAAACUCAGUCGUUAAUGUGUCGCGAUCCAGAUGUUUUAUACAGUGUCAGGUUUAAUGGAUGCUUUUUAAUUCAUGCACACUGCACAGGGUGAACAUCUGGGAAGACGUUUGGCCGCAAUGUACAAGACGGACAUGACGGUAUGUUGUGUUUACUGAUGUUCGAGUCCGCAGCUGGAUGGUGUGGAAGAAGACACAGAUGCUGAGCUAACGAUGGACACCAGUGUGCUGGUUGUAUUUCCAAGGACGGACUUUAAAAUAAGUGCACAAGGAGACAUGGGGAGUGAGGGGCUUGUCGUUUCGAGCAGCGGGGUCUUUGGGUCAUUCUCGCCGGAGACCCGUAGUUAAGCAUUAGCUUGUUUUCUCCGUGGAAUGACGACGCCUGCUCCUCUCAGCCUCCUCCAGGCACACGGCUGCGGGUGAUGCUACCUGUCCCCGGCCACACGUUCCCGAUCGUCCGCAGCAAACUUUCACUGUGAACCAUGAAGAACUGCGAGUACCAGCAAAUCGACCCGCGGGCACUUCCGACACCCACACCGACCCCUCCUCAUCACCAGCAGGGGAGCGUCGGCAGAGAGGAGCCGCGGAGACCCAGGAGGAAGUGGGAAGUUUUCCCCGGGAAGAACCGCUUCUACUGCGAGGGACGGAUCGUCGCGGCCCGGCAGAGUGGGGUCCUGCCCCUCACCCUGGGCCUCAUCCUCGUCACCAGCGGGCUGUUCUUUACAUUUGACUGUCCCUUCCUGGUCAAACACCUGACCAGCUGCAUACCUGUUAUUGGAGGAGUCCUCUUCGUAUUUGUGGUCAUCACCCUGCUGCAGACCAGCUUCUCUGACCCCGGCAUCCUGCCCAGAGCCACACCGGACGAGGCCGCAGACAUCGAGAAGCAAAUUGACAACACAGGAAACACUAGCUUUCGGCCUCCACCGCGCACAAAGGAGGUUCUGAUCAACCAGCAGGUGAUCAAGCUCAAGUACUGCUUCACCUGCAAGAUGUUCCGGCCUCCACGCACCUCCCACUGCAGCCUGUGUGACAACUGUGUGGAGCGAUUCGAUCAUCAUUGCCCUUGGGUGGGGAACUGCGUAGGGAAACGCAACUACCGCUUCUUCUACACCUUCAUUGUGUCACUCUCCUUCCUGACCUCGUUCAUCUUCGGCUGUGUGACCACACAUCUAGCACUGAGGGCUCAGGGUGGAAAAGGUCUGGUGUUUGCUCUGCAAGAGAGUCCAGGCAGUGCAGUGGAGCUGGUGAUAUGCUUCUUCUCAGUAUGGUCCAUCUUGGGCCUCUCAGGCUUCCAUACUUACUUAGUUGCUUCCAACCUGACCACCAAUGAAGACAUUAAAGGCUCCUGGUCAGGGAAGAGUGGAGAAGAUGUCACUAAUCCAUACAGUCAUAAAAACAUCUGUAUCAACUGUUGUUCUGUGCUCUGUGGACCCAUGCCACCCAGCUUGAUUGACAGGCGAGGUUUCCUGCCCUCAGAUGAAUCUGUUCAGACAGACAGCGCGGAAAUCGAGGUGCCAACCGCGGCCACUAAAGGCGAGAUAAAUGUGUGCACACAGGGAACUAAAGGUCUGCUGGAGUCAGCCACUCUCCCUCCUCUCCUGUCCACCUCGUGCCCACAGGGGAAACCUCCGACAGCUCAUGCCUGUGCGGACAACAGUGCAGCGGUGAACUCUGACCCCUCACCGGUGAACUCCAUGGGCUGCGGGGCCCGCCACACCGCCGGCUCUCAAGGUGAUACCUCUCCUUCACAUCACACCAAGACUCACUCAAAGAAAAGUAAACCUGCAGCUUUACAGAUUCCCAAGCCCACUUUCGAAGCCCCUGUUCCCCCUACCUCUCCGGAUGCUGCCAGCUUCGCCCCUUUGCACUGACGGACCUUAUGAUGACGACUUUGAGUGAAAACCCACAUUGUUUGAAGCUUGCAUGCUGUAAAACAGUGAGAUACAAGUAUGCAUUGAUUUUUUCUCUUUCGUUGUGUGUUGGAAGUCCUGGGUGUGGUCAUUGAGGAAGGGGAUGACAAUCACAAAGAUGUAAUUUGUGGGAUGUCUGUAAAUGAUGGUUUAGUAUGGAAAGCAAUUUUAAAGAUGGACUGACAGAGCCACAUGUCCUUCAGUGGCUCUCAUGUGAAAUGUGAAUUGUCCUGAUGAUGCAUCAGGUGGAACAGUCUUUGUACGAAGGGUUAAUGCUCAGAAUGUGUAUUUGUAAAGAGAGAUGCUUCUCUUAAAGGGACAGUCCGUCCCAACUAUGGAAUUCACAAAUGUGAUUUCCAUACUAUUGUGCAGCUCAGUUUACAGUGUGAAUUUCAGCCAUUGUCUCCCUAAGCUGAAAAGCAGAGUUACAGUUUGUACUGAUGAUGUCAUGUCGAGGCACUGAGCAAUGGAACAAGUGAUGGAGUUUGGCGAGAAGCCGUGGCGCUUUUUCAAGAAUACGAGAGACAGUUUUUGCAUUAUUUCGUAUCUGAAUGCUCUGAAAACUCACAUUUAUGUACAAGUGGCUGACAAAUUAAAAGGAAAAACCUACAUGAAUUGUUUUGUAAAAACACAUUCAGUGCUCUUUGUGCUCACUGUGUGUGAGAAAUGUCAGUCAGUUUGCAGCCCAUGUAAUACAGCAGGAGAUUAUCAGGAGGAUUCACCACGAGCGAGUGUGUGUUAACAACCUUUCUAACUCGCAAAACUGAAAAAAACAAGAAGAAUCCAAAUAUUUCAGGAUGAAGAAGAGAAGCCACACACGUGGACGGCGCUAAGAUGUCAACUGAAAAAUGCAACAAGAUUCUAUUUUUGGUGAUAAUAAGGUGAUAAGGUCCGACGCUGACGUUGAUGUGCUGUAAAAAAAAACAUGUGAUCUCUGCCUAAAGGCUCUGGAGAAUUUUUCUGUCUUGUUGUCUGACCAGAGAAUCUCCUGCUGUGCUGUUCAUGUGUGAAAGUCAAACUCCGAAGAAACUCUGGACCCCAUUGUAUGAACAUUCUCGGGAGUCUGAAAACUGCUAUAGAGUUGCUAACUCUGUGGAAGUCGAUUUGAGGGUUGAACACCAUUCUUUCAAAAGAUAUUCCCUUAUUUUGUGUUUUUAUGAUUUUUCUUGGUUGAGACCAGGAUGAAUAACUGCUCCGGCUUAAGAAU